UUUUACCAACGCGGAAGCGAUUUUGCGGUGAUCGCAUCGCUCAACAUUUUACUGCAGCGGCGUUAUUGUGUCGCUCGUAAGCGUUUCUAUUACUCUCCUCUCUCUCUCUCUCGUUUGCUUUCGUCGUUAAUCGUUCGCUGUUGGUGUUGUAAUAGAAGCCGCAUGGUUUAUCCGCCCUUGGAGGGGAGACGCGGAGCGCUGCUCGUGAUCGCAGUGGCCUGCGUGGCCUGGUGGAUGCAAGUCGACUCGAGUUAUCCCGAGAGCGAGAGGAGGAUGGAGCAGGAGCUGGAGAGCCACCGGGAGAACUUCCGCAAGCAGAAUCGCUCGUGCUUCGUGCUGGGCGCCUCCGGGGAGACGGGCAGCGUCCUCCUGCGGGAGAUCGUGAACAGCCGGCUCUUCUCGCGCGUCACCAGCAUCGGGCGUCGUCAGCUGGAGUUCCCCGACGACUCCUACAAGGACGUGGUGCAGGAGGUGGUGGACUUUGAGAAGCUGGACGACUACGCCAACGCCUUCAAAGGUCACGACGUCGGCUUUUGCUGCCUCGGGACAACGCGGGGCAAGGCCGGAGCUGAUGGCUUUGUGCGCGUGGACCACGACUAUGUGCUCAAGUCGGCUGAGCUGGCCAAGGCGGGCGGUUGUACGCACUUCAACCUGCAGUCCUCCAAGGGUGCAGAUAAGAACAGCGGCUUCCUCUACACCAAGGUCAAGGGCGAGAUCGAAGCGGACGUGCACAAAUUGGACUUUGAGAGAUACACCGUCUAUCGACCCGCGGUACUGUUGUGUGACCGCAAAGAGUCGCGCCCUGCUGAGUGGAUGGCUCGCAAGGCGCUGUCUCCCCUGGCCGCCCUCUUCCCCACGUUCAUGACGACCCCUGUGGACACGAUGGUGCGCGCCAUGAUCAACGUGGCCGUCACGCCGGCGUCCAAGAGCGUGCAGCUGCUGGAGAACGCCGAGAUCCACCGCGUGGCUGGCAAGGGCCCCCCGCACUGAGCCCGGCUUGCGACGGCGUGCCCGGUGGCCGCGGUAAACGCGGUAAUUGACGUACACCGGAGGACUCCUCUUAUCCGUUUCCCGUGUUUCCCACGACUCCUAUUAUCCGAGGAUGUUGUGGGAUAAACUGAUAUUAUUAGCCACUCCGUUCUUCCAAUUUUUUGGCAAUUAUCCGCAGUUUAUUAUAAUAUAAUUCAUAAUGGAACGGCUUCCAAUCAAGCGCUCAUUUAAUGUAUGUAUGUUGAACUCCUGUUGCACCGUACGUAGCCAACCGUGCUAAUCUGAGGCGUGAGGAAAGGACAACAAACGAAACACAAAAAGCAGUUCUAAAGUAAAUGAGUUUUCGAUCGACACUUAAAAGUGCAUAGCUACUUAGUGGCUUCCGAAUACUCUUAGGUUUUUUCGGUAAAGUCACGUAGGUAAAAAUAAAUAAUAAGAAUAAAAAUAAUAGAAAUUAUAAUAGAGAUAAAAUUAUAAUUUUCGAAUUUUAUUUCCGUUAUUAUUUCUAUUAACCCUAACCCUAUAAUUUUCAAAUUGUAUUUCUAUUAUUAUAUUUAUUAUUUAUUUUUACCUAUGUGACUUUACCAAAAAAACCUAAGAGUAUGAAUCGUUGCAGUCACGAAAGCUUCAAAUCUAGAAUUUGCUUCCUAAUGUUGAAGCGCAGAUAAGUAGAGCUGCAUGGAAAAAUGUCAUCAAAUUACCCACAGCUUACCCGAAGUUUUCCUGUAGAUAAGUUUAGCAACAUCUCAGAUAAUAGGAUCUGCAAUAUUUGUCCCCCCCACAUCACGGAUAAGAGGAGUGCUCCUGUAAUUGAUAAUUAACCUCACCAGGCUGUUGAGUUGUCAGCGGCCUGCAGUGUCAAGGCCACUGCCGCCUUACAGCUCGGCCGUGUGUGUCUGUAAUUGUGCUUUGGUGGGUCUAGCCUAGGAACGUGUGGUGGCAUUUAUCGCAACCAGCAUUUGUUGGUCGUGAAUUGUUGUUGGCUGGAAUAAUAGACAUCAUCGCAGGCUUCCACACAGGCUCAGGGAGUAUUGGUCGACUGCAAUAGGAAACGUAUUUGUUGUUUUUUCCAGCCUGCACUUACUAAUUUGUCUAUCUAAUGAGUGUCUCAUCAUUGACAUAAAUAGUUGGUUUACAUUUGAUAAUGUGAAUUAAAUGCACUACAUAUCUUGCUUGGGUUGUUCUGCUUUUAUGUACAGCAUCCUUAAUACGAUGCGUAUUCGCUAGACGUGCCCAAUGGUGUAUGACCCUUAGUGAUUGAUGGUCGUCGGGAGUCAUUGGAACAUUAACCCUUGACGCAUGAAAGAAAUUAAACCGGUUUGGUAAAACUCAUUUGACUGAACUGAUCACGUUAGGCCGUGAUUAAACCACUCGCGACAAGUUGGGGCACAGGGAUUAUUUCACAUGUGGGAUCCUUCGACCACAGCUGGGAGAUUAUAAUAAUUAGAAUUAAUUAUAAUUCCACAUUGAAAAUUAUGAGUCUGAAAUUAUUUAGCAUCGCACAGUGGGUUUAAGUUGGUAUGGAAUCCACUGGGGAGGCGGUGAAACUGCACCUGAGUCCAUGGGCCGGAGGGGCCUAUGUGCCAGGCGAUGGAAGAGGUGGGAAAUUAUGAAGUGGGGUACCAUUUCACUUUUUGUUAAAGCGUAGCUUCAAUAUAUUUCAGGGUAUUGGCCAAAUUGAACGUUUGAUGCAGAAACAUAUUAAACCUGGAGAGGGUCGUCCACCGUAAUUGGGUGAUUGUGGCUGUAUUCUUUUUUUUUUUUAUCAGAAAUUGGAUAGAAAUGGGAAAACACACACUGGGAAUGUUACUGAACAUAGCUCAAUUUCUUAUUCUUCUCGCUCAUCUAUUUCAAAAUAAAUAUGAGCCUACAACCCGCGUCAAAGGAGGUGGUGUGUGUAUCUCAGACAUGUCGGUGUAAAAUGGAUGAACUAAACCGGUUUAUUGUCUUUUCCAGUCAAAAAGGGUUGCUAUUGUGUUUGGAGCUGACAUCUACUGAGAAGGUUGAGCAAGGGAAUGAAUCGGUAAACAAAUCGGUACACAAAGACGUACAGCGAUCGCCCAGUAACCAAACAGGCAAACGGGCACUUGAGAACUUGAGCAUGCCUUUCCAAGGCUCUUUCAGUGACCGAAUGUACCACGUGAAUACAAACGCACUACUUUUUCAUUUUGUAUUGGUCAGCAGACUUCGACUUGCAAAUCCAGAGGUCGCCGGUUCGACCAGCUUGCUGGCACGGCAGGUGAAACAACGGCUCGCGUUUCUCCAAUCCCCGCCGCCUCUGUCCGCGCGGCGAAAUAAAUGAAUGCUUACACCGCAUUGCGUACGGCGGGGUUAAGUGUGGGUAAACCUCCGCAUUAAUUCCAAGAGGUCUGGCCGGCGCGGAAGAGUAGGCCAAAAUGCGCUCCAGAGAUGGGGGGGGGGGGUUUCUUCGAGCCUCCUCGAGCAGAAGCCGUUCCGCCAGCAGCGGCGUUGGCACGAAAUCGUGGGGGUUGGUUGCACCUCGACCUUCGACUCUCUUCGUGCGCUGUAACCCCGCCAUGUCGCCAGGCUUCAGGCGUCGGCUGUCAAAUUCUCGGCUACGGAGAAGCCGCAGGGGGGGGGGGCGGGAGGGCGAGCUGCAAACGCCGCCGUCAGGAACCCCCCCUCCACCCCGGUGCGUCUCAUAAAAGAAAUCCUCCUAAGGUGCGCACCAAAUGUUACCCCCCCCCCCCACCGCCCCACCGCCUGUACCGUGCACCUUGCGUGGGCGGGUGGUGGCUCGGGGUGGACUUCUUGGAGUCGUUCGUUGACGUCUUUGGAAGGCCCCCCCCGCCCAUUCUCGAGCUCCACUCCCGGCCUUUCCGAUGACCGAUUGUCCUUAAUUGCGGCCGACCGACGGAUCCGACGGUUCGCCCCGCUUCUUUGUGGAGGCUCGACAGGGAGCUUUCGUUAGAUUUCCGGAGGUCAAUAUCGGCGCUCGCACGGCAGUGCUAAUAUUUGCUGCUGCUGCACGGUUUCAAAAAGGGGGGAUUUUAUUCGGCAAAUACGUUUAACGGGCUCCUCUUUUUGGGGCUUGGCCCCGAAAAAUGUUGCUCCGUGCUUUCUUAACAGCCGAGGUGCCCAAUGGACAUGGGGGGACCGGACCUGGGAUACGUGUUGGGGCGCGUUGUAACGCGAAGAUGAAUUGCACGAGCGUGCUUGCUGGCGGCACGCAACGUUACGUGACCUCGUGCUCGCCAUUUAUUUUUCCAUUUUUUUUUUGUUACGCCAAAGACAAAUUGUAUCGUGGUUUCGAUCACAAGUGCAUAACAUGCACUUGUGGAAUUGCGUAAAAAAAAACUGGCAAUGGGAAUAUAUAACUGUCAAUGUGGUGAAUGUACGUCUGUCCUGGUGGGAAAUGUCCUGGUGUGGCGAAUGUUAUAUUUUGAGUGCCUUGAUGAUAUUUGGCAUUUUGUUUACUGUGCUUGGGUCUGUGUGUGAAUUCUGUUUCUCUCUCAAGGCUGCCAUAUGUAUAUCGAUAUAAAGUGCUCUUUAAGGGA